AUGACAAUAUCAGACUUGCAACCAUAUGAUCCGUUCAUGGAUAAAGCUGCAAAGUCCCAAGCAAGGCUCACCAAGAUCAUGGAAAAGUUCCAAAAUUUCACAGCCAACAGCGAUAUACUUAGUUCCGAUACGACUAUCCUAUACUUGGUAUUGAAAUCAAACAUUAUCUUAAAUGAUAACCAAAUUCGAGUACUUUUAGGCUUAGGUGAUGAAAAUAAAGUCCAUGAUGUUAUCUAUUGUGGUAUUCUUCGAGAUGCUAAAUAUGCCGCUAGCAAACUUUUCACGUUACUCAAUUUCUCAAGUUUACUUGAAAUGCCUUUAACAGACCUAAAGCAACUCUGCUACGAAAUAGCACUAAAAUACAAGGCAAUAUUCUUCGUCCCAGUGGAAGCAAAAAUUAAGAUCCGACCUCCCCAGAGGGAGUUCCCAUCUUUUCAAGACACAACCCAAUUAAGUCUGCUACGAAGUAACUCCGGCUUUAUUCCUAGUAGCUAUCUAGCAUCCAAUUUCAGGAAUCUGUACAACAGGGCAACUGAUGCAAUGUCUGGAACAACAUAUUCUUCUGAAUUUAUGUCUGCAUCCUACAAUUCUACUCGGCCAUAUCCGCAAGGAUAUUCUGAAAUAGAAGAUGCCGAAUAUGUAGAAAUAAUCAAAUUUAUAAGCAAAUUCAAUCAAAUGUGGAUUGUUGCAGCACUUUUGAAUAGAGAAUACCAAGAGCUAAAGGCCAACUAA